GUUACUACUUAGGCUUGUAUUCACGGCGUCGUCCACUCGCUAGUACUUGAGCUGGCCUGCCUUUGUCUUUCCUCAGUCCUUGUCCGUGUCUGUGCGCGCCAUCAUGUGGCAGGACGACGAAGACAACAACCCGUACGGGUCAUACACCAACCAGGACUCCACCGGCGAGCCAACCAACCCGGCUUUGAGCAGCUCUUAUUCAAACCAACAAGUCUCCACUCCCGAUACCUCACAGUCCUCCCCUACCCAACAACAGUACUUCCCGCGACCAGAUCAUCCUAGCGACGACGAGGAAGACUACAAUGCACACCCCGAGGCAGGACAUGCGCCGCCCAAAGGUGGCUAUGACAGCAGGGUCCAGCAGAUUCUAUACGAGAAUCCGGAACUGGACAUCGUCAUAACCGAAGCAGGAAAGAGCUCAGAUGGAGGCUAUAUCGUAUACAAGAUCAGAACCGGAGACAUUGAAGUCGCCCGGAGAUAUUCAGAAUUCAGUUCUUUGCGGAACGCUCUGGUAAAUCUACAUCCUACGCUCGUCAUCCCUCCCAUUCCAGAGAAGCAUACAAUGGCAGACUACGCUGCAAAACCGACCAAGGCAAAGGAAGAUGUUGGUAUAAUCGACCAGCGGAAACGAAUGCUAGCAGUCUUUCUGAACCGGUGUCGGAGGAUGAAAGAAGUCGUAGAGGACGGCGUAUGGUGGCGGUUCCUUGACCCUAAUUCUAGCUGGAACGAAGUCUUGCAUGCACAUCCUGUGGCAUCAGUACCCAAGAAUAACUUGAAAGCUCCUCCGUUGGAUCCGGCCAACCCUACUCAAGCACAUAACUGGCUCCCUGUUCCUUCUUCAUCCGCCAAACUAAAAUCUACGGGCCCGACAUCAAGCAGCGGAACUCCAAUAUCUCCUCCAGAGCAGACGUACCCAUCAUCCGCGGCUCAUACGACACCCGGUCCGCAGGUCUUUGGCCGCUUCCCUGUUGCGUCAGACAAGCUGAGCGAGACUGAUCUGGAUCCUUACUUUAUCAACUUUGAAGCCUCAACCCGCGAACUGGAGCUCCUGCUGCAGGGCAGCAUAGAGAAGGUGAAUCGCCGAACUCUUGAGCACCUGACCAAGCUUUCUGCAGAUCUGGCCGAACUUGGGGCUCGGUACAAUGGCUUUUCACUUUCCGAGCAAUCACCAACAGUAGCAGCAGCUAUCGAAAGAGUAGGCCAGGCUGUGGACGGCACGUAUAUCUCGACAGAAGAGCUUGCUCUAGGUUUGGGGGCCACUUUUGCCGAACCAAUGCGAGAGAGCGCACAGUUUGCUGGGGUGGUGCGCAAUGUUCUAAGGUACCGAGUCCUCAAACGAGUGCAACAAGACAUGACUAGAGAUGAGCUUGAAAAGAAGCGGAGUCUGCUUGAUGCUUUGGAGCGCAGCGAAGCCGAAGCAAAGAGAAUUGACACGUACCUAUCACAAAGCACCACGCUGGCGAGUCCGCCACGACGAUCAACAUCCAAUGCUUCAGCACGCAGUCCGCCCGAACGGCACACAGGACCAGGACGGGAAGGCCAUGAGGAGACAGAGUCAGUUGACUCUGAUUUUCCACCAACUUAUGGCGACCCUGCGUCAUCGUCACCACCUUCUGCUACACAAGGUCAGCCGAAUGCUUCUGGACCUACCUCACCCACGUCACAUAGGAAGUCGCCUAGUGGGAACUUCGUGACGAACAAGAUAUUCGGCAGUUUCAGACAUGCUGUCAAUGGCUUCGUCGACGUUGACCCGGAGAAGACGAGGCGAGAUCAAAUAGGCAAGACGCGUGAAAGCAUGACACAUCUAGAGCAAGCUCUAGAGGUAUCGGAGAAAGAUGUCAAAGAUGCGACUCAAGGUGUCAUGCGAGACCUGAAGAGGUUUCAGAGGGAGAAGGAGGACGAUCUUCAAAGAUACAUGAUUUCAUAUGCGAGAUGUCACAUCGAAUGGGCUCGCAAAAAUUUGGAUUCGUGGUCCGAGGCCAGGGAUGAAGUGGAUAAGAUUGUCUCGAGAUAGGCGGGAGAGUCCAUCCGUCCAGAUCAGUCAGACUCAGGGACUGUGGCCAUGCUCUGUGGGAGGGGCUCUUUAUCUGCCCGCAGACGUUGUGUAGUCAGUCUCUCCAGGGCCGAAGACGAAGUGGAAAUACCGCGAUACUGCCACUUGCUCAGAGGCUCCAAAGCCAGCUUUGAGUGUCGAGUCUAAGCGGCAUAAUGAAUAAGUACAUAGUGCUUGUGAUGACUUCCCUAUUUGAUGUGCACUGGCUAUCG